AUGAAUCGACAACAGGCUGCGGAAAGAGCCUUGCACGACCAGACUAACAUUUUGCCUAUCGGGCAAUUGCUGGUUGUCUUCACGGGGCUCGCAGUUUCUCUUCUUAUCACUUUCGUUGACCAAAAUGGUAUCAGCGUAACUCUUCCCACAAUCGCCCGAGAUCUCAACGCCCAGGAUACUAUCUCAUGGGCAGGCACUUCAUCCCUCAUUGCGAAUACCAUGUUCACGGUGCUUUAUGGCCGGCUGUCUGAUAUCUUCGGCCGAAAGAUAGUCUACUUGUGUGCCUUGGCACUCCUUUGCAUUGCCGAUCUAUUAUGCGGUCUAUCUCAGAAUGCUCCAAUGUUCUAUGUCUUUCGAGGAUUGGCUGGUGUAGCUGGCGGCGGUGUCACCUCCCUAACAAUGAUCAUUGUGUCUGAUAUCGUCACCCUCAGAGACCGGGGCAAAUACCAAGGAAUUCUGGGUGCGGCCCUGGGUAUGGGCAACGUCAUUGGGCCGUUCAUCGCCGCAGCAUUCGUCAUGGAUUCGACAUGGCGAGGUUUCUUCUGGCUCAUUUCUCCGCUCUCUGCAUGCUCCAUUGUUGUGGGCUAUUUCCUUAUUCCCAAUAAUGCGCGGAAGGACAGUCUCCGCAAAAAUGCCCGCAAGAUUGACUAUUAUGGUAUCUUGUCUUCGUCCUUUGGAAUAAUAUUCUUGUUGAUCCCUAUCUCGGGAGGCGGCUCUUACUUCAACUGGGAUUCGGCGAUGGUGAUUAGCAUGCUCACCAUUGCGGGCUGCGCUUUGAUUGCGUUUCUCAUAAUUGAAUGGAAAGUCGCUGUGUUGCCUAUGCUUCCAAUGGUAUUUUUCAAGAACAGAGUGGUCUGUACCUUGUUCUUGCAGAGUUUCCUUUUUGGCGCUGUGUACCAGUCGUCUCUCUACUACCUGCCGUUGUAUUAUCAGAACGCUCGGGACUGGUCCCCGAUUGUUUCAGCUGCACUAACGGCUCCAAUGGUCGCCUGUCAAUCAGUGGCCUCUGUCUUGUCAGGCCAGUACAUUUCCCGGCGCAAGCGUUACGGAGAGGUGAUCUGGGCUGGAUUUUUCUUCUGGACGCUUGGCGCCGGCCUGAUGCUGUUGUUUGACCGCCACACCAGCCCGGGGGCUAUUGCUGUCAUCGUUGGCAUCGCUGGCAUAGGCGUUGGAGGUGUCUUCCAACCGACCAUGGUCGCUUUUCAGGCGCAUUGUACGAAGGCCCAGCGAGCUGUCGUAAUCUCGGACCGGAACUUCUUCCGCUGCCUAGGUGGUGCAUGUGGUCUGGCUAUCUCGGCUGCGAUCUUGCAGGCAACGUUGCGCUCCAAUCUGCCUGUGGGUUAUAGAGAUAUUGCUGAUUCAUCCUAUUCGCUCCCGUCGAGGGCAGGUAUUCCCGAUGCAGAUUGGGAGCAGAUCCUUGACGCAUAUGCCAAGGCUUCUCACUCCGUGUUCAUCUUCCAAGUCCCGUUGAUGGGAAUAUGUCUCCUCGCAUGUGUCUUUAUUCGCGACCGGGGACUGGAGAGGCCCAAGGAUCAGUUUGAAAUAGAAGAAGAGAAGAGACAAGAGGAAGAGAAGCGGCGGCAAGAGCAGGCCCAGGAACAGGCCGAGAAGCAGGUUGCAGCCGGGGAUACUGAAGCCCAACCAGAGCAGGUUCCUGAAUCCCAGGCCAGCGGUGAGAUGGAGAGUGCGUCUCGCUCCGAGAAGAAAGUGGAACCAGAGCCGUAA